AAUCCGAUCUACUUUCGUGCCAAUUUCAGCCUGGAUGGAAUGUGCCGCCGUGCUGCGGACUUAGUGCAGGAUCGACAGAUUCUUUCAAAAUGAGCUCAUUAAAAGGCAAAGUAGCCCUUGUGACAGGAGCGAGUUCAGGCAUUGGAGCUGAGACAGCCAGAUAUUUGGCUUCUUUGGGAUGCCAUCUGUCUCUGACUGGACGGAAUGAAAGCAACCUGAAGACAGUCUCUGAAGAAUGCCAACAGAAUGGCCUACCAGCAGACAAAAUUCUCCUCAUCAUAGCUGAUCUGGGGAAAGAAGAAGAUGUUAAAAAGGUUGCAGAUAAAACGAUUGAGUACUUCGGGGGUUUGGAUGUGUUGGUGAACAAUGCAGGUAUUGUGAUCCCUGGCUCCAUUGAGACAGUCACCGUGGAACAGUUUGACAAGACGUUUGAUGUCAACGUCCGAGCACCGCUACAGCUAACUCACUUACUCAGACCACAUCUCAUUAAAACAAAAGGUGCCAUUGUGAAUGUUUCCAGCGUCAACGGUAUUAUGGCGUUUCCAGGGGUGAUGACUUACUGUAUGUCAAAGACUGCACUGGAUAGCUUAACACUCAACAGUGCACAUGAUCUAGCCCCACAUGGAGUAAGAGUGAAUUCCGUCAACCCAGGGGUAAUCAGAACAGCUGUGCACAAACGUGGAGGCAUGACAGAUGAGCAGUAUCAACAGUUUCUAAAGAAGUGUGAACGCACUCAUGCCAUGGGUCGGACAGGCACUGUGGAUGAGGUUGCCAAGGUGAUAACAUUCUUAGCCUCUGAUGAUUCAUCAUAUGUCACAGGAGAACUUAUCACCAUAGAUGGAGGAAGACAUCUUCUUACAGUCAUGGCUCCAGAGAAGAAAGAUUAAGAAAAAAACACUGCAAUACUUCUAGAAAUCAUUUUAAACCUUCAUUUGGCUUCAGAUAUAUUCAUGCUAGUGUCAGUCAUGUUGUUUACGUUCUUCCGUUGUGAGCGGAUUUUUGUUUUUUGAAGCACAUGCAAAACAUGGAUACAAAAACUACAUUUCUACAAGACAUUGCUGGCUAUUUCAUUGAAUAAUUGUUAAAUAUUACAAUAUUUAUGAAAAUAGAAUGUUGUGCAUUGAGCAUACACAAAUGGCUUCAUCAUGGAGUUCCUUGCAUUUCUCCAAUGUUUUUUGUUAGGAUCCAUGGAGUUACCUUCAUCAUGAGUAGCCAGAGCAGGAAUAAAAUCAGGAGAAUACUGAUAUUUUGACUUUAAAGUACUUCCAUUUUUCUAUUACAUAUUUUCAUUUUUUGUGAGAAUAAUUUCAGCGCGUAUGAUUAUAGAAGACAUUUUAUUUCUGAUUAAGAACAAAAUAUGUGUUGUAAAUAAUUCUCGAGUUCCCCCUUUUUGUGUUCAAUGCUACACAAAGUUGGUACUAAAAUGGAAAGAUUUUGAAAAAAAUUUGGAGAAAAGCUUCAGAAAGGCAAGUUACUUCAGUCUAUUUUUACUCUGAUAUUCUUGGCUUUCAAUGAUUUGAUAUCGCCACCGAUUGGAGAGCUCAUCACUACAAAUAAAGGUAAAUGCGUUUAAUGUAAAUUUACAUGAAAAACAGAGGGGUUUGGAUAUCUUCAACUUGACAGAAAUAAAACAAAAAGCAAGUGGUAAGAAAGUAAUUACCUUCAACUCCAACAAAACAAACAUUCAACUUUGUACUGGGAAAAAAACCAGGAAACCGAAGAUCUACAUAGGCACUUCGUUAGUAAUUGAAAAUUUCUUGUUUUAAAAAUUACUAAACGAGUACUCUUAUAAAUUGUUGAUUCACCAGGCCUACAAAAUAAAAACCGAAUUAAAAUCGCAUUCUAGCCAUACUCUGAAUAUUUUGUUUCAUUAAUAGUGAAAAAUGAAAGAAACAUGAUUGAAUACGUAUAAAUGUACAAGGUACUUCAAGUAUUAAUGUGAAAUUUUGAAAAUAUGAAAAAGGUGUCACUGAAAAUGAGUAUACAAAAAAGAUACUUAGCAAUUUUAAAAGAGUGAAUUUCAAACAUACCUGGUAGAAUCCCUUACAACUCAUAAACUAAACCUGAGCUAACAGUUUAUAAGCUGUGUAGAGAGUAGACAUUAAGAAAUUUGGAAUCAAAAUCUCAACAAAAUGCACUGAAACAGGUGUUGGAUGUCAUAAAAUAAAUGGAUUAAUGCCACUGAUUAUUGCACAAUAAAUUGGAAAUUUAACAGGAA